AUGCGGCACACGGCUUGUGGUACAGGCCGAGCCCGUCCUGCUGUGCCAUGUCUCUAUCUAAAAGCGUGGCGCUAUUGCAAACCAGGCGAUCCUUUCUUGACACUCCCCCCCCCCCCCUCCGAGAGCACCCCUUCCUCCCUCGCGAUCGCACGGAACCCCCUCCCCCACCCUUCGUUGUCGCCGGUGUCUGCCUUCCGCGCCUCUCUUCCUCUGGUGCUACUUGCUGGGACUACUGUGUUCGGCGCCUGCCCCGCAGUUGCCGACAGAGAUAUCCACGUCGCGUAUGACUUCACAGGACCUGUCCUUGGGAAAGGCUCGUUUGCCACCGUACUCAGGGUUAGGGAUCGCGUGUCUGGCUCCGAGUACGCGGUUAAGCAGAUCGACCUGCAUGCGAUCAAGGAUUCACCGUCAAGCCUGCGGAUGAUCGAGAGGGAGUGCCGCACCAUGAUGACGUUAUCGCACCCAAACAUUGUGCGAUUGCAAGAAGUGUACCGGCCGCCCUCGGCAGACCGUCUGUACAUGGUCCUCGACCGGUUGGAGGGAGGAAGCGUGGACGGGCUGUGGCGCCGUGUCGGUCAGCUGAGCGAUGAUCACGCCGCGCACAUCAUCCUGCAGAUUGUGUCCGCCGUACGAUAUUGUCAUGACAGAGGGAUUGCGCAUCGAGAUCUCAAGAUGGAAAACUGCCUCUACGAAGACUCCUCGCUCGUGCCCAUCGUCAAGGUGAUCGACUUCGGGUUGUGCGCCGAGAUGAAGGAUGGAGUGACGUCACGCGCCUUCGUUGGCACAGUGCUCUAUACUGCGCCAGAAAUCCUCAAGGUUGACGGGCACAACGUCGCCUGUGACCUAUGGUCGCUGGGGGUGAUGGCGUUCGCUCUGGUUAGCGGACAGUUCCCGUGGUACUCCGACUCAAAGGAUGUGUGCGGUCAGAUGAUCAAGUACUCCCCUCUCCAAUUUCCGAAAGAGAAAUGGAAGGGUGUGUCACCCUUGUGCCGUGACUUCAUCGAGAAGUGUCUGGUGAAAAAGCCGAAAAAGAGGAUCACCGCAGCGCAGGCUCAGCAGCACCCUUGGUUGCAAAAAGCCGCCCGUUUGAUGGAGGGGGGAGCGCCCCUGUCGAAGGAGUCGAUGAUGGCCAUGCUCGAGUACCAAAACGGAAACACUUUCCAGAAGAUCGUGAUGGAACUCGUGGCUUACUCUUACGAGCCGGCGCAAAUCAAGGACCUCGAGUUGGACUUCCUGCGGAUGGACAAGCAGGGCAAGGGAGAGAUCAGCCUGGAAGAGUUCAAGGAUGGUCUGCAGGAGCGAUGGGCCGUGCUAGAUGACCCUUCGUGGCCUAACACUCCUCCACCUGGCGGCGAUUCCAGCAUCCUCGGGACUGUCAGCACACAGAACGGAUGCCCACUAGGUGGGGGCAACAACCUCGGUGGAUCUCGAAGUCGGCACCAAGAUGAAGCUUGCACAGUGCUGUCGACAUGGCGGCAUUACGGCAGCGGAACCCUCACCAACACCUCCAGCGGCAGGGCAAGCGGAAAGCUUGCCAACAGAAGAGUACGCGUGGGGGCGAAGCGGUCGACCGCUGGCAAGGAAGGUCCACCCGACGUCGGCGGCAGUGGAGAACCGCGCGGCACCGCGGAGCCUCUCGAUGGGCGGCCACGCCUUGACCCUACCGGUGAUGAGGGUGUGGUAGAUCCCGACGCCCUGAAGGCGGCCCUUCUGGCGGUGCAGGCAGACGCGACGGUGUCGAGAGAGGGGCUGCACAGGAUGCUAAGGGCGGUACAACGCAAGCCUUUCCGGGAAGACUCGGAGCCCGUCUCCAGCGAGGGCAAGGUUGCACACAGCGCUGCCAUAAGCGCUCGAAGCUCGGGAGAGGCAUCACUCAUACACGGCGAGCGCGAUCGCAGGUGCAUGAAGAUGAACGACGACUGGGCCGAAGAAAUCUUCAGGGCUAUGGACCACGACCAUUCCGGCAGUAUCACGUUUACAGAUUUUGUUGCGGGCUGCCUCGUCGAGAAGCAGGUCGGAGAGGCUGCCCUUCAAACGGCAUUCGCCAGGCUCGAUCUCGACAGGUCAGGACUCAUCUCGCUGGAUGACGUCAAGCUGUACCUCGGGGAAGACUUCAGAGAGGACGACAUGGUACGCAACAUGAGGGCCAUCUCUACACGGGAGGACGGCCAGGUGGCUUACAAUGACUUCAAGAAAUGUUUGUUGUGGGGAGCCCUGCCGAAUUCUCAAGUGGUUACGCCGGCCAGGUCCAGGAGCGCCUCCUUCAGGGCGUUGUCCAAAAUGGUUUCAUCGAACGACCUCAACAAAAUGGACGUCGAGGGGGGAAAGGACCUGGACGCCGAAGAAAGGGCCGUCGUCAAGGCAGCCGCUUUCACGUGACACACCCUGAGUCAAGGGGUUUUCUGCGGGGAUGGGAGUGGCGCAGCCCCGUCAGAACAGAAUCGCCCCGUCGCGGUCUGGUAAUUUGUUUUUCGUGCUCUGUGCAUGCCUUGCUUUUUCGUUUCGCUGCGCCAUGUGUAGGUUGUGUUGUUUUGGUGGAAUAUCUGACCCCCUGUGUUCCGUCGAAAGAUGUUCGUCGGUCAACAGGUGGUGUGCUGAUGUUUGUGUCAUUGAGUGUUGUAUUGCGUCAGCGUGCGGGGUAAUACCCACUGCUGCUGCCGAGACGGCGUGCUGUGUUUUCUGGUACCGCACGAUGGGCGGAGGGGGGAAUAAGCGUGCUUGCCGUCUUCAGCGCCUGGUGUCCAAAGCAGUGUUGGGCUUGACGUUGACAAGAUAAUAUAUAGACAGCGAGUGUCUCAUACAGGCAUGCGGGGGCAAGACGCAACCAACCGCGUCUCGCUGUAUUUGUGCCUUGCCGGUGCUGCGCCGAGGAAAGCUCAUACCAGAGUGGCGGUGUGUUGUGUUGGUGGAGCAUUUUUCUUUCAAGCGGACAACAGCGCCAAGCUAGUUAGAGAUACUCAUUAAUAAACUGUGGCCGACGGGGAAACGCUCAACGGUGGGGAAUGCCGUUUGUAUAAGUUCGAUCUUGUUUGUAGAUAUGACAACGAUACUCUGUGUGUGUUUGGUUAUGUGCUCUUUUUGGUUUUGUUUGUGACUUACCGGUAUUUUUUUUGGUGUCGUUGGUUUUUUGUGUUUGGCAAGACGUACGUACAUCAAAUGUGCGUCACAGGUAAACGACUUUUGGGAAAAAACCAUCACCACGCUAGAGUGAGUAAUAGUACACGGAGUGUUGGUCUUCAGGCUUUGCAAAGAAGCGCACAUGUAAUCCAUGGGGGAAGAUUGUAUGCAAAUGCACGUUUGAUUCGGAACACCGUACGGUACCUGCUUGGUGUGUAUCGUUCCCAUUUUCUGCUGAACACACCAGUCGCGAUCUCCGGGGCUGGCUGCGUUGUCGACACACAGUUAUGUAAAUAAAUGUCGACUGUAUGGGAGACACAACGAGAUAUUUAGAGAGUGGAGCCAACUACGUAGAAGGUGCGUUCACUGUUUUGUCGUAAGGUGCUUGUCGCCUCGCUGCUGACCAGGUCUAAACUGAAAAAGAUCGAGUCGCUCUUAACCGGUAGUUUUUUGGGGUGGUCGCAACUGGGGAGAAAUUUGUGAGGGAGGUGCGGCGGAGCAACUCGGAGCCCUUUACAGGUGUCGCUGAGUUUUCGUCGCUGCUGGCAGAUUUAUUUUGAGGCGCGC